AAGUUCAACCAUGUGUUUCAUAUACUAUGUCUCUAUCAAAUUUAAAGGUUAUAUUUGAAGGUAUCAGGGGGCCGAAUUUUCAAGGGGACAUCGCCUUAGAUGACAUUACAUUCACAACCGGCGAUUGCGGCACACCGAGUUACUGUGGGUUCGAGAAUGGAGUAUGUGGUUUCACUCAACCAGUAAGUGAUGUCGUACAAUGGGUACUAACAUCGUCGUCUCCAUCUUCGUCAUCACCAACACCGACAACCGCCCCGUAUCUUCCACCGUUUGAUGCUACUUAUAGAACACUCGCAGGUCACUUUAUGUAUCUUGAACUUCAUGAUGAUCAGAACAAUAACGAUGGUGGACUAUCGACAGGUGUAUUUCCAACAGGAACAGCUGCAGACAGAUGCAUUAACGUCUGGUUUUAUAUGCAAAAUAGCGUUAAAAUAAGUCUGAAGGUCAUACAGUUAGGAUUGACUUCGACGAAUCAAAAUCAGCUAGCUUCAGUUGUUGGUGAAGAUUUGGCAGAUGAAUGGCACGUAAUACAAGCAGCUCUAUCCAUCACAGAGGAAUUCAAGAUCAUAUUCCAAGCUACGAAUCUCGAUCAGAAUGAGGAUGUCUCAAUAAGCAUCGAUGAAUUCAAGAUUACAGAUGGCCUAUGUCCUCAACCUGGCAGUUGUGAUUUCGAGAAUGGUUUCUGUACGUGGAAAAACGAGGAGAACUUCGAUGAUUUCGACUGGCAGCUCAUACAGGGUAGGACGCCCUCUGACAACACAGGCCCGCCAUCCGAUCACACCAAAGGGACGUCAUAUGGCAUCUACGCAUAUGUUGAAACAUCCGGCCGUGCAACAGGGGACAUUGCCAUCCUUAAAUCAUCUGAUUUUCAAUCUGGGUCCACACAAUGUCUCGAGUUUUAUUAUUACAUGUAUGGAACCAACCUUGGUAGACUUGAUGUCCAGGCGCUUCAAGACAAGGAAACAAUCGGCACAACGUUGAGGUCAUAUAAUGGUACCCAGGGAAGUGCCUGGAGACAAUCGCUUGUUAACUUUGAUAUAUUUGAUGGUUUAUACUACACAAUCCUUUUCAACGCAAGUGUAGGAGCAACAGGGUUGAGCGACAUAGCUAUUGAUGAUAUCAGCGUUUACCCGGGUAACUGUUCCGGACGCUCAGACAUUUGCGAUUUCUUCGUCGACUUCUGUGAUUGGGAACAAGCGGUUGAUGAUGACACUGAUUGGUUGAUUGGUUCCGGAAGUGACAGUAACGACCAACCUCUCAGGGACCAUACCACAGGAGCCGUAGGAGGAAAUUAUGCUUACAUCGACUUCCGCGAUGCACAAACCGAACCUGGUGAUCAAGCCCGUCUACUCAGCUUAGAGCGAAACCCGCCUGCCGAUGGUCAAGCAGAAUGUCUUGGUUUCUGGUAUCACUUAAAUGAGACGGACGCAGGAUCCUUGAACAUUAUGGCCACAUGGGUAGAUAAUGGCACAACGGUGGUCACUGAUCCACUAUGGACCAUCAGUGGUAACCGUGGUGAUCAGUGGUGGUUUGGUGCUACAACGGUCGUCUCUAAGUUUCCCUAUCAGGUAACUCAUCCUGGAAAGAACACAGUGUCAAAAAGUUUGCAAACCUAA